GGAGACCCUUUGGGGGCGGGAGCAGCAGCAGCAGCAAGAACAAGAUAAGAGUCGAAAGACCUUGAGCCUGUCCGUCGAAGCCAGGCCAAGAUGAACAGCAGCUGCAACCUCCAACGCUUCGAGGACCGGAUCCUGUGCCCCAUCUGCCUGGAGGUGCUGUGCAGCCCGGUCACCACCGCCUGCGGGCACAACUUCUGCAUGGCCUGCCUCCAGGGCUACUGGGAUCACCAGGCCGCCCUGGGCGAGGCAACGUGCUGCCCACAGUGCCGCGAGCCCUUCUCCGCUCGGCCCUGCCUGCGUAAGAACAUCACCCUGGGCGAGAUCGUGGCCUGCCUGACCUCGGGCCAGGCGAGCGUGGGGCACAGACAGGCCGGCACGGGCCUGGGCGACAUCCCCUGCGACGCCUGCUCCCCACGCAAGCUCAGGUCGGUCAAGUCCUGCCUGCGGUGCGCGGCCUCGCUGUGCGAGACCCACCUGCGCGCCCACAACAAGGAGCGGGGCUCACGCGGGCACCGUCUGCCUCAGCCUCUCCGGGACCGCCAGGCCCCAGCCUGCCCCAAGCACCUGAAGCCGCAGCGCCUCUACUGCCGCACGGACGGCUGCUGCCUCUGCCAGGCCUGCCUGCUGGACGACCACAAGAACCACGACACCGUCCCCCUGGAGGAGGAGCGGACCCACAAGGAGGUGCAAGUGCGGAAGGCCCAGGCCAGCUUGGAGAACCAGAUGCUCAUCAUCGUGUCCGAGAGCCAGACACACCAGUCGCGGGUGGCCGUCGUCCUGAAGCUGAUUCAGGCCAUGCGGGAGGAAGUGAGCAACUGCUUUGCAGAGAUCGGUGGGGAGAUGGAGCGGCUGCAAGCCAGGGUGUUGGAGUUUGUGGAGGAGGAGGCGGCCAAGGCCCUGGGUCAGCUGGGCUGCUCCAUCCAGGACAGCCACCGACGCCUGAUUGAGCUGGAGAGCGACAGCCUGUGGCUGCAGACUUUGUCCCACACCCCGAGCGACCAGCAGUUCCUGGAGGAGUUCGCCCAGAUGAAGACGGUCCCGGCCUGCCCUGGGCCGCUGCUGGGUGCGGCCUGCGAGGAGUCCCACAGUUUCCCCGGGCUGGUGGAAGCGCUGGCCAGGCUACGGGCCCAGCUGGCUGCUGUGGGCCUCCGAUUCUCCAACCAGGCGCUCCUGGCGGGUGUAAAGAUGAGAACCUACGAGGUGCUGCCCGCUGCCGUGGAGAGAAAAGGCCUUCUGAAGGACUACUGCAACCUGCACUUCGACCCGGCCACGGCCAGCGAGGAGCUGUUCCUGUUCCAGGAGACGCACUCCGUGCUGAACCUGGGCAUGCUGGUGGAGGAGCCCCGGCGGGCGGGGCCCUGCCGCGCCUUCCAGCAGUGGCCCCAGGUGCUGUGCACGCCUGGCCUGGCCCAGGGACGACGCUUCUACUGGGAGCUCCACCUGUCCGACUCCUGGAUCUGCUUGGGCGUCACCUACGGCCGCGGGGCCCCGGCGGCGGGACCCGCCCAGUGCGCAUGCCCCGCCCGCGGACCGAGCCCCGCCCACCGCCCGGGCUCCGCCCACGACCCAAGCUCCGCCCACCGUCAGGGCCCCGCCCAGUGCGCGUGCCCCGCCCACGGCCCAAGCUCCGCCCAUCUCCCGGGCCCCGCCCACGACCCGAGCUCCGCCCACCGUCAGGGCCCCAGCCAGUGCGCAUGCCCCGCCCGCGGCCUAAGCUCCGCCCAUCGCCCGGGCACCGCCCACCUCCCGGGCCCCGCCCACGACCCAAGCCCCGCCCACCUCCCAAGCUCCACCCAGUGCGCAUGCCCCGCCCCGCGCCGCGACCUCUUCCACCUCAUCGGCCGCAACAGCGCCUCCUGGUGCCUCGAGUGGGACUCGCUCAAGUUCUCCGCGUGGCACGACAACGCCCAGACGGUGCUCCGGGGCGGCUACUACCGCACCCUGGGCGUGGCCCUGGACCCCGCCGCCGGCAGCCUGGCCUUCUACGGCCUGGGCGGCGGCCAGGUCAGCCUCAUCUACCGCUUCCUCACCACCUUCAAGGAGCCCCUGUUCCCCGCCGUCAUGGUCAGCAGCGGGGCCUCGGUCACCCUGAGGCACUACCCCAAGUAGCCCCCCGCCCAGGCCGGCCCCACCGCAAAUAAACCGCGGCCCCGGUCUCACUGACUUGUGUGAGGUGGGAAGGGCCGAUGACAGU